CUUACCUUACUCCUCCAAAUUCACUUUCUUCAACCCCCAAAAAUUAGGGUUUCCCAGUUCACCAAAACCCUAGCAAUCAAUUUCAAUCUGCUCUCAUAUCUCAAUAUCCAAUCAUCAUCAAUUCAUUUAAUCAAUUUCAUUCCCUGCUUGUCAUGAUCAAACCCAAAAUUAGGGUUUGUCUCCCAAAGAUCCACUGAGAAGAAGAAACUCCCAAAUUCAACCAUCACACAGAGAGUAUUGUUAAUGGAAAUGGAUGGAAGCAAACGCGUGUUCCAGCGGUUAGGUCCUCCUUCAUCACAACAACAACAAGGGGACAACAACAGUAAUAAUAACAGACAGCCAAAAGUAUGUAUUCAUUGGAGAGCAGGAAGAUGUAACAGAUUUCCGUGUCCUUUCUUACAUAGAGAAUCACAAGGACCACCACCGCCACAUCAUCAGCAACAAGGGAAUAAUGGGAUGUCGUCAUCGUCGUCGAAGCGGCCUCAUGGGUUUUACGAGAAUGAUAAUAAUAAUAGAGGUGGGAUGCGAAGGAAUCCCAAUUUUAAUAAUACAUGGGGGAGAAGUGGAGGUGCAGCAGUUGUCAGGAAAACAGAGAAAGUUUGUAAUUAUUGGGUUAAAGGGAAUUGCACAUAUGGAGAUACAUGUAGGUAUUUGCAUUCAUGGACUACUGGAGAUUGCUUCACAUUGUUAAGCCAACUUGAAGGCCACAAAAAGGUUGUUACAGGGAUUGCUUUGCCAUCGGGCUCAGAUAAGCUUUAUUCCGGGAGUACGGACAAGACAGUACGAGUGUGGGAUUGCCAGUCUGGGCAGUGUGCAGGGGUUGUCGAUUUUGAUGGUGAAGUAGGUUGUAUGCUGAGUGAAGGGCCAUGGAUUUUUGUGGGAAUAACUAAUCUUGUCAAGGCAUGGAAUACUCAAACAGCAACUGACCUCAGUCUUAAUGGGCCAGUUGGACAAGUCUAUGCUCUUGUUGUUGGCAAUGAUAUGCUCCUUGCUGGUACGGAGGAUGGGAUAUUGGCAUGGAAAUAUAAUGGGAGCACCAACAAUUUUGAUCCAAUCAGAGCAUUGACUGGACACACCCAUCAUGUGGUAUCACUGGUCGUUGGAGCUAAUAGACUAUAUUCUGGUUCCAUGGACAAUUCAAUAAGAGUAUGGAACCUUGAAACUUUUCAGUGUCUACAGAUCUUGACAGAUCAUACAAGUGUUGUUAUGUCUGUUCUAUGCUGGGAUCAGUUUCUUUUAUCAUGUUCACUGGACAAAACGAUAAAGGUCUGGGCCGCUAAUGAGAGUGGGAACCUGGAGGUUACAUAUACUCAUCAAGAGGAACGGGGUUUGCUCGCCCUCUGUGGCAUGCAUGAUUCAGAAGCAAAGCCUGUAUUGCUCUGCUCUUGCAAUGACAACACGAUUCGCGUCUAUGAUUUGCCAUCCUUUUCCGAGAGGGGGAAGAUAUUCUCCAAGGAGGGUGUCCGUCGAAUCGAGAUCGGUCCUGCUGGUUUAUUUUUUACUGGUGAUGAAUCAGGUCAAGUUAGAGUCUGGAAGUGGUCAACUGAAUCCAGCACUAGUACAUCUUGAGAGGGUUGCUGCAUUUACAGCGAUACUAUUUUUAUGUUGCUAGCCAGCAAUUAUCUUGUUUUUCUUCUCCCGGUGAGAAAAUGUACCAAGCAAGGAACAUAUAAUAAGAUAAAGAAGUACCAGUUUUGAUUUUCAGAGGUAGAGUACUCCGAGUCACGUCCUAGCAGCGUAGCUUAGAGCCUUGCCAUUUUGUUGCUUUUAACUAUUGAGUGAGCUCUUGAUGGAUCCAGGCAUAUUUUUUCCUAGUCUGGUUUGUACUCGAAAUCAUGAUGUAUUCAUGUAAAUCUCUGGAGGACAUUUCUGGUCUGUCCUGUAUUGUUUUUCACUGAGUUAUGGAUGUAGCUCAGUCUUGUGUACCUUGAAUAAGUAUACUCUCGUAUGCACGAGCGUUCACGGUGAACAAUGUUUUUACGCACAGAAUCAAGCAUUCUUAUUUAAAUUA